AUGAUUCUUGUCACCCAAUUGUUUGGGUGUCCCAACAAUGGGGUGACCAGACCGCAGUUUGGUGGACUGGGGAUUGGCAAGGCCAAGGACUGCCCUGGCUGGCGGUUAGACCAACCAGCGCUAGACUACCAGCAGUUAUUCACAGACAUCUUCUUUGGAUUUGGUGCAUAUGCAUCUGCUUUGCUCCACUCCAAAUACUCCAAAGCACCCGCUUUCCUUUAUUCGUGGGACCAUUGCAACCAAGGAGCAAUUCGUUUAGUGGAUUUCCUCAAUUUGAUGUACACCGCGAAUCUGCAGUUCUUCAUCAACACAAACUGGAAUCAGCGUAAAAUCAGAAUAAAAUCAGGAAGGUCUCACGGCGAUGAUAUUGCGCUUCUUCUGAAUCCCUUCAAUUCGCAACCCCUGACUCCAGCUGACAAAGCGGUCAAGAACCUUGUUUCAUCCCUGCUCAUCUCCUUUGCGACUUCCACACUUUCGACUGACUCAUCGCCGCAAGCAAACGGAAUCGAAUGGCAGCGAUUCGAUGCGAAUUCGAGAAUUCUUCUGACUUUCAGUGAAAAUCCAUCGACGAGAAGCGUAGACUACAGCAAGGAAUAUGAGUUGCUCCUCGCGGAGUGGUACGAAGAUUAUCACACUACCCCGAAUGGUCGACAGCCGGGCGUUCCGCUGUUGAAAGACUUGAUGGGCAUUUGAAACUUCGAUGCUGU